CAUUUUGUGAACAUAGAGGCGCUUCGAAUACGGGUCUCUCUAGUUCUCUGGUUCAUGUCCGCUUUCUUAGGCGACGCAUCAGAAUAAUAUGCCCGUUAGAACGAUGUCAGAUUUUUCUCUGCAGUCACAAGCGGCUACGAUUUCGGAAAAUAUGAUGCCAGACUGGCUAAAUUCGGAGCAGAGUACUGGGACGUCAAUCAUGGCAUGCGAAUUUGACGGUGGUGUCGUAAUUGGUGCCGAUUCUCGGGGUACAACGGGAGCUUAUGUUUCCAACCGGUACGCCGACAAAUUGACACGAGUGACGGAUUAUAUUUACUGUUGUCGUUCCGGUUCAGCAGCGGACACUCAAGCGAUCGCUGAUAUUGUAGCUUACCAUUUGGGAUUGCAUCAAAUGGAGCUCGGAACACCACCCUUGGUGGAAACGGCUGCCAAUGUGUUUCGCGAGAUAUGCUACAACUAUCGGGACUCCCUCAUGGCUGGAAUCCUAGUGGCGGGAUGGGAUAAACAAAAAGGUGGUCAAGUCUACAGUAUUCCCAUAGGUGGUAUGUGCGUAAGACAGCCAAUCUCGAUAGGCGGUUCCGGUUCGACAUACGUGUAUGGUUACGUAGACGCGCAAUAUAAAUCCAACAUGCCAAAGGAUGAGUGUCUCAAGUUGGUGGAAAACACUCUCGCAUUAGCUAUGGCUCGCGACGGAAGCAGCGGCGGUGUCAUACGGACUGGAGUGAUCACAGAAAAGGGAAUUGAGAGGAAAGUCAUAUUGGGCAAUGAAUUGCCACGCUUCUACGAAGGAUGAAAAAUCAUUAUCUUUGUUUGUCGUGAUAUAUUUAACAUAAAGUAUAUAUUCGUAGAAAUUAAGCGCGGGAUAAAUAUGCUAUGCAUUUACUAAUUAAACUUAAAGAGAAAAUCAUA